AUGCAGCUGCAUCAUUCCCACAGCACCAGCAACAACGGCAUCGCCAAACCAGCAAAGAGCAGUUGCAGCACCGCAAUCACUUCACGUAACACCUCAACAACAAGCUCCUCUUCCACCACCUGCGACGAAACAAGCUGUUUAUUGCCCCACGAGCGAGGCCCUACACCUACACCACCUGUUUCUACUACACCUACACCACAACGCCAACAUCCUCCACAACUGCGAUAUCCUCCUUCAUCUACAACAUCUUCAGCAACAGCAUCUCUCCACCACAUCUUGACGUUACACCCACGCCAAAUCGCCAUCCUCGAAGCCGCACGAGCAAGAGAAGAAGCCCAAAGAGCUUUACUGCCAGCCCCAGAAGACGAAGAAGAAAUGAACAGACACGUACUCUCCAGAAUCGAUUGUAUAGAAGUUGAUCUCUGGCACGAACGGAUCCGCGACUAUGAAGCUGCGGAAUUGGGAUUGCUUUCUGCUGAAGAGUUGGGAUUGGUGAGGGAUGUUGAGGAAGAAGAGGGGGAUGAUGUUAGGGUUGAGGUUGAAGAGGAAGAUGGAGGACGGUUGAGUAGGGUUCAAACCUAUGUUAAUGAUUUUGCAGAUGUGGAAGGGAGAGGAGGUAGACAGCAAGGACAAGGUCAAGGCAGAAAGAGAAGGAAAGUCAGUAGCAUUGCGCAGAGGUUUGGGAGUGUGAGUUUAUCGCUCAAUCACUUUCAUCCUUAUUUCUGGGUUGAUAUGGCAGGGAUUUGUUUGUUGAUAUUGUUGGUUCUGGCUUUUCUUGUCUUUGUUGGGAUUGAACUUAGGUACGAUAGAGAGGGUAUCUGUAAAGGACAGGGAAGUGUAGGCGCAACGGGUUUUUGGGUUGCGGUGCAGAUGCUUGUGGCUUUAGGCAUGGGAUUGAUGUUGCAGGUUCCGGUGCAUAGGGGUUUGGUGCCUUUUGUGUUGCCUUUGUGGGUAAUGGGGACUUUUGGAAUUGUGGUUGGGUUCAAGAUGUUGGCUGGAUGCUUGGGGAAUUGA